AUUUUGUUUCAGCGGUAACGGAGAAAAACGUCAUCCGUGACGCAAAAAACGUCACACAGUAUAAAAGCGAAGUCCCUCCUUUCGAGCUCAUUCCUGGAUUUGGUCAGAGGUAUGAAUUUGCUUUGCCGAAGACUGAACCGUCGAGGACUUUGAACAACUCUACUCAAAUUCAUAUUUUUUUCUUCAAGUAAUGGACAUUUGAUUUCUAUUUUUGCCUCCAGUUUGUUCCUGAAGGAAAGGCUAGCUUUUAGCUACCACAGCCCCACCCAUAAGAAGUCUUUCAGUUGAUAUUAAAACCAUGAAGGUUGACGACAUAAAAUUAAUGAAAUAAGAGAUAUAAGUGCCAGAAAGGCACGUUAUAAUAUACCCGAGACGCUGAGGAUCUAGAGUAUCAAUAGAAUUGGGUUAUUUGCAGUGUUGUGGAGGUCUGAGACUAUAUAAAACUUCUACUACAACAGUUACCCGGGUAUGGCAGGCAGACCAGUGGAUCCCAGAGAGAUUUUGAAGGGUGUGGAGGCUCUGCUGGGGAAGGAUGGAGAGCUCCGCAGCCUGGAGGGAGUCCCAAAGGUGUUCAGCCUGAUGAAAGCGUCUACCAAGAUGGUCAGUCGAUGUAUGUACCUGAACAUCCUGCUGCAGACGAAAUCCCAUGAUGUUCUUAACCGGUUUAUCAGAGUUGGUGGCUACAGGCUGCUCAACUCCUGGCUCACCUACUCGAAAACCACCAACAACACCCCUCUGCUGCAGCUCAUCCUGCUCACACUGCAGAAGCUGCCUCUCAAAGUGGACCACCUCAAACAGAACAACACAGCCAAGCUGGUGAAGCAGCUGAGCAAGAGCGCAGAGACCGAAGACCUGAGGAAGUUGGCGUCUGUGCUGGUAGAUGGUUGGAUGGCAACAAUCCGCUCCCAGAGUGUCUCAAGCAGUGGCAACUCUCCCGCUGAUAAGAAGAAGAAGAAAGAGGAGAACAAGUUGCCGGUGCGGGAUGUGAAGGAGAAGAGUGGCGAUGAGGAAAAGAAGAAGGAUAAACCUAAAGCUCACGCACCCACGCACACCAAGAUUCGUUCCAUAGGAUUGGAGAUGGACCCUCCCAACCCGGCCCCUGCUAAGAAGGCGCCCACUGCCCCACAGCUGGGCGACAAGUACAACAUCAAGCCUCCAGUCCUCAAGAGGCCAAGCUCCGGUCCAUCAGAUGCUCCACCCCUGGAGAAAAAAUACAAACCUCUAAAUACCCCCUCUAACUCUGCCAAAGAGAUCAAAGUCAAGAUCAUUCCAGCACAGCCAAUGGAGUGCACUGGGUUCCUAGAUGCUCUGAACUCUGCCCCAGUGCCUGGGAUCAAGAUCAAGAAGAAGAAACCCAGUGCUAGCACUACAGCAAAUGCCAAGGCCGUCUCCCCCACUACUAACAAGGCGAGUCCAUUCGACAGCAAACCCUCUGCGUAUUCGUCAUCUUCUAAUAAACCAUCAUCUCCAGAAACCGCUGCUUCCAGCACUCCUACUGAUGAAAACCAGGAGCCCGAGCAGCCCGGGACCCCUGUUCCAUCUGAGGAUCCUGAGGCCUCUGAUAAUGGUGAGAAACCUAACGCUCUGGCAGAACCUCGUGGAGAAGAAGAAAGCUUGACCAAGAAGGGCAAGAAGAAGAAGACGGUUCACUGGGCUGAGGAAGAGCAACUCAAACACUAUUUCUACUUUGAUCUGGAUGAGACAGAGAGAGUCAACGUUAACAAGAUCAAAGACUUUGGCGAGGCCGCUAAACGAGAGCUGAUGAUGGACAGGCAGACGUUUGAGAUGGCCCGUCGGCUCUCCCACGACGCCAUGGAAGAGAGGGUGCCCUGGACACCCCCGAGGCCCUUGACGCUGGCUGGCAGCCUGGUCACGCCCGGGGCCAACAGCACAGAGAAACUCACCCAGAGAGAUCGCGAGAUGGGCAUUCUGCAGGAAAUCUUCCUGAACAAAGAGAGUGUGCCUGACAGUCCACAUGAACCAGACCCAGAGCCUUACGAACCCAUGCCUCCCCGUCUCAUCCCUCUGGACGAGGACUCCUCCAUGAUGGACGAUGGCUACGUUGAGCCCAUGGACACCACAUCGCAGCAGAGCGCCACCAUGGCCCAGAACGAGAGCUCCAAGCUGCCGCCUGUACUGGCCAACCUCAUGGUCAACCUGAGCAACAGCUCCCGCAGUCCGCAGGCUACAAACGCUGUGAACAACCCUGUGGCCCCCUCUGUCAACGUACAGGAGCUGCUCACAUCCAUCAUGGGUGCUUCUGGUAACCAAUCUACUGAAGACUUGAUCAAGCAGCCUGACUUCUCAGACAAGAUUAAACAGCUGCUGGGCUCCCUGCAGCAGACCCAGAACCAGAACCAGGGUGGACCUCCACCAGUCAACCAGGGCUUAUUGGGCCACGGUCCGGGCAUGAACAAUAUGAACAACAUGAACGUGCACAUGCAGAUGCCCAUGAAUGGUGGCUACCCGCCCAACAACCCGCCAGGCGGUCCCCGCUUCAACCACCCCCCGCCCCCUCACAACCACGGGCCACCUUUCAAUGCCGGGGGAGGUCCACGUAUGAUGGGACCACCUCCAGGCCAGGGCCGGGGAGACAACGGCAACUACUGGGGAGACGACUCCAUGAGAGGAGGACCCCACAGAGGAGGUCACUUCCACCGAGGAGGCCGGGGCCGAGGAGGAGAGCCAGGCUUCAGAGGCCGAGGACGAGGCGGACCCAGAGGAGGACACAACAACAUGAACGACAUGUCGAAGAGGCCUGUGUGUCGUCACUUCAUGAUGAAGGGAAGCUGCAGGUACGAGAACAAUUGCGCUUUCUACCACCCAGGCGUAAACGGACCACCACUGCCCCCCAACCACCCCGCUAACAACCAGCACAACCAGCACGGACACUAGGUGACACUGCUGCCAAACAUGGGAACAACUCUUGUGAACUGCUGACCUCUUGAAGAGCCAUUCUCUGAUCAAACCACUGCGGGGCGUUUGGGGGGGGGGGGGGGGGGGGGGGGCACUUUU